ACCUCAGGCAGCAUGGAGGAGGACAGGAAGAGGAGUGAGAUGGGGCUACAGGAGGAGAUUAUUUGAAGUUUAAUUCAGUCAUCUUUGCUCUAAAUAGGAAACAGUCGACGUGUAUAAAAGUAAACAGAGCAGCAUGGGAUCCAAGAACCUGCUGGAUUUCAAGAACUUUCCUGGACAACAAGGAGCUGCUGGAAGUGUGCUGAUCCCUGGAGCAGACAUGGAGCAACAUUGGCCUUCAUUUGGAGUCAUGUUUCUGGAACCUGACGAAUCUGGUGAUCCGAGGUGAGGUGAGGUGAGGUGAGGCGUUUUCGGCGGAGUGAAACCAUGUGGCUUCUCUGCUCCGCUCUGACUCUGCUGGCACUCAGCUUUGGAUCAUGUGACACGCUGACAUCAGAGCAAGAUGAACAAUGCCCAUCCUUACAAGUGGAAGAGUGGAAGUUCCCUCAGGCGGCCAGGCACAACAUCACAGGUUUUAAUCUGGUGAGGCGCUUCUCCCUGCUCAAGAGUAAAGAUGUCAAGAAGAUCCGCAACCCCCGAGGACCCGUCAUCCUCCGCCUGGGCAAAACAGCACUCCUACGCCCCACCGAUGAGGUGUUUCCUCUGGGCAUUCCUGAGGAGUUCACCCUGAUCUUCACCCUGGCGUUAAAGAAGGCUGCCCUGAGAGACACCAUCUACCUCUUCCAGAUAUCCGAUCAGCAGGGAUACCCCCAGCUCUCUGUAGACCUCAAUGGGCCCGAUGGCACCCUGUCCCUGCGUGCCAGGGGGGCAGAGCCCGAAGCUGACCUGGUGAGCUGCGUUUUCACCGGCGAGGGCGUGGAGGCCCUGAUGGACCUGCGCUGGCACAAGGUGGCCCUCAGCGUGCAGCGUGAAGCCGCCUCCCUCCACGUGGAUUGCAAUUCCAUCGAGGCCAAACCCCUGGAGCCCCGCGGAGCUCUGCCCACCGACGGACACACUCUGCUGGGCAUUCGCUCUUCAGAUGCCGGGCCUGUGCAGAUGGACAUUCAGCAGGUGAUGCUGUAUUGCGACCCGACCCUCGCCAUGCAGGAGGCCUGCUGUGAGAUACCUGGAGCACGGUGCCCACCAGACACUCCCAAGAGCCGCCGUGCAGCUGAAAAUGACCUGUUGGAAAACACUUUUAACGAGGAGAUUUUUGCAUCAAAGGAUCUGGCAGAGAAAUGUGCUGGUUGUAUAUUCCUGAAUAGGGAAGAAAAUGUUGCUGCAGGGUUGAAAGGGGAAAAAGGCGCCCGGGGUGAUGGCUGUUCUGGCUCCCAUUCAGGUCCAUGCACAGAGGGACCCCAGGGCCAGAAGGGAGAGCGAGGCGAGCCGGCGCUGCCUGCCCACUGGGGCGAAGCAGCAGGGUACAAGGGAGAAAAGGGUCAGAAGGGAGAUCUCGGUACGCAAGGUCUCACGGGCACUCCAGGGAAGGACGGUCGAACGGGGUCCAUCUGUGUGGUCGGCCCCAAGGGACACAAGGGUACCCCAGGUUUGGUGGGUCCUGAGGGGUUGGCUGGGGAGCCAGGGAAACCUGGAUUUCCAGGCCCGCCGGGAGUUGGAAAGCCAGGCCUGCCAGGUCCUCCUGGUGAACCGGGUGGUGCAAAGGGAGACACGGGAGAUGAAGGACCUCCGGGAGAAGAUGGAUCGACAGGAGAUCCAGGACCAAGAGGACCGACAGGCUUUAAAGGAGAUAAGGGUGACCCAUGCGAAGUGUGCCCCGUGCUGCCUACAGACAUGGGCAACACAGUGGCUCUGCAAGGGAAGCCAGGCCCUAAAGGAGAGCCUGGACUACCAGGGGUAGGAGAGAGAGGACCGUCUGGGCGUCUGGGUGGAGAUGGCAAGGCAGGACAGAAGGGGGAACCAGGAUCAGGUGGCUUCAAAGGAGAAAAGGGAGAGUCGUGUUCUGUCUGCCCCACUCUCGGAGAGUUACCCCUUAACCCUGUCCCCGGUGUCCACACCCAAACCCUGCAGCAGAAGGGUGAGAAGGGAGAUGCUGGGAUCGGACAGAAAGGAGAGGAGGGGGAGCCGGGAAGCGUUGGAUCACCUGGCCUAGGAGGAGAGAAGGGUAGCGCAGGCAGCAAAGGAGCUGAUGGAAAGCCGGGAAAGCCCGGACCAAGGGGAACCGGUGGCAAGGAUGGACAGAGAGGCUCAAAGGGAGAACAAGGGCUGCCUGGGCUUGGUCUUCCUGGUCUUAGGGGUGAGAAGGGCGAGUGUGGUCUGUGCCAGCCGGCCGAGGUCGGUAGCGGACCCGCCGGCAUCAAAUUGCCUGACGGAGCAGGAGGCAAGCCAGGCGUACAAGGCCCUCCAGGUCCACCCGGACCUCCAGGUCUCGGAGCUGAUGGCAAACGGGGCCUGCCAGGUCUUGCUGGUGUAAAAGGAGAAAAGGGUGAAGAAGGAGAUCAAGGAGAUAACGGACUGGACGGAGCUCCUGGAUCCCCAGGACUGCCCGGAGAGCCUGGUCGGGACGGACUUAGUGGCUUGAAGGGAGCAAAGGGUGAUGCUUGUACAAGCUGUCCUUCUGUGGGCACUGCGGUUGGUGAUGGUGUAGUUGUGCAAGGCGUCAAAGGAGAAAGAGGAGACCCUGGUCCCGCUGGGCAAGGGAAGUCUGGCAAAAAUGGAAAACCAGGUUUACCAGGUGUGCAGGGGCCUGUCGGUCCAAAAGGAAACAAGGGAAAUGCUGGAGCUGCAGGAGUCGGCCUUCCAGGACCACAAGGUGAAGAGGGACCAAGAGGGCUCCCAGGACUUGUAGGACCUCCUGGAGCCAGUGGAUUGACUGGACCUGUUGGCCCAUCAGGGGAAAAGGGCUCCAGAGGAGAAGUCGGGCUACCAGGACCACAGGGGCCUGAGGGCAUCGGGGUAUCAGGGCCUCCGGGUAGAGAUGCAACCCCCGGGUCUCCAGGAUUGCAUGGAACUGAUGGCAGACCUGGACUUGAUGGAGCUAAGGGGGACAAGGGUGAACCUGGAGAGUGCAACUGCAUAAUCCCCGUGCACACGGGCAUCGGCGGACCUGGAGCUCCAGGAACUCCAAUAAACACAUGGCAGCCCGGGCCUCAGGGCCCACCAGGACCUCCAGGCCCACCUGGCCCACCUGGGAUUCAGGGUUUUACUGGAACGGAGGGACGACAGGGUAUCCCUGGAAACGACGGGAUACAGGGGAUACCGGGUUUGCCUGGAUACAGCAUCCAAGUUGGACCACACCAGCUGCCUCAAGACUCUGCUGGAGGAGAUGUUGAUGAGGUCUGUAAAGAAGGGAACUGUUCCCAAGGAUAUCCGGGUGUGUCAGGCACAACUGGUGCCACGGGAGAAAAGGUAGACCAGGGAAAGCCUGGUGUAACCCCCUUGGACAGCUGUGACAAGUGUUUGGAGAGACUGCAGAGAGAGCAGGCGACACAACCAGCGUAUGACCGACCAGGAACACCUGGAAUGCCAGGAACACCUGGAUCACCAGGAGUGAGAGGAGAGACAGGUUUACAAGGAGAUAGAGGCCAAGCUGGAAAACCAGGAAACAUGGGACCUCCUGGUUUCCCAGGUCCUCAGGGCCCAUCUGGUCCAUCGGGUCAGCGGGGUGAGGGAGGGUCACCCGGCCUCCCAGGAUUGAAGGGCGAGCAGGGCCCUACGGGGACGAACGGGUACCCAGGAAUCAUGGGACCGCCUGGACUUCCUGGGCUGAAGGGCGAACGUGGGAGCUCGGGAAGCGGUGGUCAGAAAGGAGAAUCGGGUCUUCCUGGAACCCCUGGGUAUCAAGGACAGGCCGGCUCACCGGGAAUUAAAGGAGACACGGGUCCAGCUGGGCCUGUUGGCGCCAAAGGCGAUUCUGGUUUCCAAGGACAACCAGGUUUCCCAGGACCACCCGGUGCACCAGGUCUUGCCGGCAAAACUGGAAGGGAAGGGGGCUCUGGGCUCAAAGGGGAAAGAGGCAAUGACGGCACUCAAGGCAAUCAGGGACCAACUGGACCCCCAGGCUCAUCAGGCUCCCCUGGGCUGAUGGGCCCCCCUGGCAUUGAAGGAUUGGAUGGAAAAGAUGGGAAACCAGGGCUACGGGGAGAGGCAGGCCCUCCAGGCCCGGCAGCACCACGAGGAAUCCCAGGAUUCAAAGGGAAAACUGGCCAUGCUGGCUUCCCCGGACAGAAGGGUGAACCUGGACCUUCAGGUCCACCUGGACCAUCCGGCAGGGCUGGACACGAGGGUGAUCCCGGUACACCAGGAGCUCCGGGACGACCUGGAUCCUCUGGCCACAUUGGUUCUACAGGUCCAGCUGGACCACCAGGACCUCCUGGUCCAUCAGGAGUGGGUAUAAAAGGAGAUAAGGGCCAAGGUGGUGAGAGGGGUCUUCCAGGGAUGGGAGGAGCCCCAGGCCCCCCCGGGCACCCAGGGAUCAUAGGAGAGCCAGGCAAUGAUGGUGAAGCUGGUAAAGAUGGAUCGGGAGGCCUACCAGGGGACAAUGGGCAGCCGGGUCAAAAGGGUGAAGCAGGGGCCGCAGGACAGAGGGGUUCUCCAGGGGAGAGAGGUAGACCGGGACCCCCCGGUGGUGGAGGUUACCACGCCAAGGACGCACAGCCAAUGAUUGGCCAAGUCGGACCCAGAGGAGAGAGGGGAAGCCCAGGCAUGGAGGGUCCCGCCGGGCUCCCUGGAGUUGCAGGGUCACCAGGAAAUGAUGCUGUAGUCAAUUAUGAUGAAGUCAAGAACUUCAUCCGCCAGCAGGUCAUCAAGAUCUUUGAUGAGAGAAUGGCCUACUACAUGUCUCGCAUGCAGAAUCCAGUAGAGCAGGUGUCAUCCCCGGGUCGGCCCGGGCCCCCAGGGAAAGACGGAUCUGCAGGUAUUCCUGGGAACCCAGGUGCACCUGGACUCCCGGGACAGAUCGGCAGACAAGGCCGGCCAGGAGGCCAAGGACCCGCCGGACCACGAGGACCACACGGAGAAAAAGGAGAUAAGGGUGUUGGAGAGAUGGGAGACGUAGGACCUCCAGGAGGGCCAGGUGUCCCAGGCCCCCAAGGCUAUGGUAAGAUGGGACCCCCAGGUCCUGUUGGUCAGCAGGGCGUUCCUGGGAUUUCAGGCUCUCCCGGGCAGCCUGGUUCAAAGGGACAUGAUGGUCGGUGUAAUCCUGCAGACUGUAUGAGCCAUCAAGUAGAGUACAGCCCCAAGGGCCCACCUAUGAAGGGCCCCUGGUAGAGGGCUAGAGGUGAUGGGCAGAGAGGACUGAAGCGAAAAAGACUACGGAGAAGACAGAAAGCCAAAGACCAUGAUCCAAAGUUAUUAAAUCUGACCACAAGAUGAAAUGUAGGAGCUCCUUUUGUUGUUAAAAUUGUAUAGAUUUACCCCACACAGAUUUCUACUGUAGUCCUGAGCAGAAAAUCAACAAUUUCUUUCUAAGGGCCCCGCUGGAAUGAGGCCUGCAAAAGACACACCAGCAGCACAUUUUUAUUGCAUCAUUUCUUUUUCCUUAUGAAUGCCAAUUCAUUGUUUUAUAUUACUGCCUCUUAUUUUGGUCUCGCCUUUUAUUCUCACCGUGUUUCACUCCUUUUGUACAUUUUCCAACAACCCAGGGGAGGUGACAAGAAUCACAAUUUGUAUUUUUCUUCUCCUUGAUUAAUUCUGGCCUAUUCUGUUUUUUUUUUUUGUUCUUGUUUUUUCUUUUCAUUUUCUUUGUCUAAAUCUGUAGGAAAGGGAAUACACACAAUUAUUGUAGCACUCUCGCAGAAUCACAUUCAGUGUGCAUCCAAUGCAUUUCUAAUAUUCUCUCUCGGUGCUUGUGGUGUGACUUAUUUGAAUUUUGACUUGUAAGAGAAUAUCCCUAGAAAUGUAUUUCAGUUCUGCAGAGACAGAUGUCAAAAACCUGCAUUCAUACCCCCGUUUGAUGGAUUGACUGUUUUGUAUAUAUUUAUAUUUAUAUAUAGUGGCUUUUUAUACUUUUUCAACGGAUUUGAUACAUAUGGCCAGCCACCUUUUUUCAUUUUUUAAUGGUUACAAAGCAACAAAAAAAGCCAAAGGGAUGUUUUUCUAAUGUCUAUAAGCUUUCAAAAUUGAAUAAUGUGUUCAGUAAAAAGACAUAAUUAUUUAUAAAAGAAAACUGUGUUUACACCAAAAAAAAACAUAUUGGCUUUUUUAAUUAUGUUGCUGAAGUUCAUUUUGUGUCAUUUUAACUCCAGUAUUUUUUGGAAAUACAGCCAUUUUAAAGCAUCUCAUCUCAUUUUGUAUUCCAAAGUAGUUGUAAUAGCCAUCUGUCUGCUUCAACAGGCACUUAAUUAAGGAAUUAUGAGCAAUAAUUGAGCCCAUUUACCACAGAUACGUAAUGCUACACUGAGCACGGCCACCAAGCCCUCACAAUCACGCACGGAUAAAGAACAUAUUCUGAAAAGCAUCACAAAUGUUUUUGUAGUGUUACCUGUUACUGUAUUUUGGGGGUUAUUUUUUAUAUGUAAUUUUUUUAUAUCUGGAAGUCUAUGGAGUUUUAGAUCGCCACCAUCUCUUACCAUCUCCAUCAAUAAUCAGCAGUUGAAACUAUGAGCCAUGGUCAGACUUUUGUUUCUCACAAACUAGCGGAUGGGAAAUGUUUAAGUCAAAACUGAAUUAAAUUGCUUUUCAAAGA